AUGUACAGAUUGGGUCGCCGCAACUUGGGCCUGGCCUUGAAGGCCUUCAGAGAUACCCCGGUGCGGAGCUCAGUCCAACAGCAGCAAUUGAGACAUCUCAGCAUCCACGAAUAUCGAGCCGCCGACCUUCUCAGAUCCUAUGGCGUCGGAGUCCCUCAAGGAGAGGUUGCCCGAACACCAGAAGAGGCGGAAGCUAUUGCAAAAAAGAUCGAGGGAGAUGAUAUGGUGAUCAAAGCCCAAGUCCUCGCUGGAGGCCGAGGCAAAGGCACCUUUGACAAUGGUCUGAAAGGCGGUGUGAGGGUGAUCUAUUCACCCACAGAAGCAAAGAUGUUUGCAAGUCAAAUGAUCGGGCACAAGCUCAUCACGAAGCAGACAGGUGCCCGAGGCCGCAUCUGCAACUCAGUCUACAUUUGCGAACGCAAGUUUGCCCGCCGGGAAUUCUACCUUGCCAUCCUCAUGGACCGCUCAACCCAGUCACCGGUCAUCGUUGCGUCGUCCCAAGGUGGUAUGGAUAUCGAGACCGUGGCCAAGGAGACCCCUGAUGCCAUCAUCACGACGCCUAUAGAUAUCAACAAGGGCGUGACAGACGAGAUUGCACGGAACAUUGCGACCGAGCUCGGGUUUAGUGAACAAUGCAUCGAAGAUGCAAAGAACACAAUCCAAAGAUUGUACAAGGUGUUUAUGGAGAAGGAUGCCACCCAGAUUGAAAUCAACCCGCUCAGCGAGACCAGUGAUCAUCAAGUACUGGCCAUGGACGCUAAGUUGGGCUUUGAUGACAACGCCGAGUUCAGGCAGAAGGAGGUCUUCAGCUGGAGAGACACUUCACAAGAGGAUCCCGAUGAGGUGAAGGCUGCAGAGCACGGACUGAACUUCAUCAAGUUGGACGGUGAUAUUGGCUGUCUAGUCAAUGGCGCUGGUUUGGCCAUGGCUACCAUGGAUAUUAUCAAAAUCAACGGUGGCUCCCCGGCGAACUUCUUGGACGUCGGUGGUGGUGCUACCCCGGAAGCUAUUAGAUCUGCCUUUGAGCUGAUCACCAACGACCCGAAGGUGACAGCAAUCUUUGUCAACAUUUUUGGUGGCAUCGUCCGGUGCGAUGCUAUUGCGUCGGGCUUGAUCCAUGUUGUACAACAAAUGAAUUUGAGAUUACCCAUUGUGUGUCGUUUGCAGGGAACCAACAUGAAAGAAGCCGCUGAGUUGGUCAACAACUCUGGUCUCAAGAUCUUCUCCAUCAUCGACCUUCAGGCCGCAGCGGAGAAGGUCGUCGACCUCUCCAAGAUUGUCAAAAUGGCACGGGACAUUGACGUGGGCGUGGAGUUUACCCUCGGUAUCUGA